UUCCGCAAUCGGCAAACACCACCAAAAGGUGUGGGAGGUGUGGGGUGACAAAUUAAAAGUUUUCAUUAAUUAAAUCAUUUCGUAUUACAAUGGCCGAUUUCAAAGUGGUUACGCCGGAUUUUCUAAAAGUCUACAUCUCCACUUCAAAGGAUGAUAUAUCAUUUAACGAGAAACGUUUCCCCAAGGAUCUAACCAUAUCGGAUCUAAAAGCAAAGCUGGAGCUAAUCACAGGCGGUAAUUGCAAUACCAUGCAAGUAGAAGCUUAUGACAAAGAUAACAAACACAUCUGCUCCCUGUCAAAUAACGAGGCCCUUCUGGGUUCGUACCCACUGGAUGAUGGAAUGAGAUUGCACGUCGUCGAUAAAUUUAGCAUCAGAAACGAGUUAGACUUUGGCGACGUGCAAAAAUUCGAAUACUCUGAAGAAGAAUAUUCCAAGAAAACUGACUCUGUGAGGGCGUUUUUAUUAAAGAACAAAAUGGGUCAAUAUAAUGAAGAGAAUAUCAAAAAGAAAGAAAAGCAACUAGCUGAAGAAAAACAGCUAGCUGAAAGUACUCCGAUUGGUUCUAGGUGUAAAGUAACAGUUUCUAAUGCUCCGUGUAGACUGGGGACGGUGAUGUACACGGGAGCCGUGGAAACACUCCCUGGGUAUUGGGUGGGAGUUAAGUAUGAUGAACCUUUGGGAAAAAACAAUGGAACAUUUAAAGGAAAGACGUAUUUCGAAUGCGCGAAUAAUUACGGCGCUUUUGUGAAGCCCCACAACGUGGAAUGUGGCGAUUUUCCUGAAGAAGAUUAUGAUUUAAACGAAGAAAUAUGAUUGGGCUUUGCUUUACCUUGAAAAGAUUCAUUCCAGCCUAGACACUACUAAUUUGACUAAUUCUUCAUAUCUGUUAUUUAUUGAUAAAUUUAACUUUUUUUUUUAUAAAAUUAAAAAUCUAGAGCACGACAA